ACUCCAAUGGUUUAAAAUAACUAUAACCUUAGUUAAGUUAAUAGUGGACGAUAUGUUUCGCAGUUGAAAUCGAACCCUUAAUUUGUGUUGCACUAAAAGUCGUUCGUAAGUCAUGUCGAACCCUACAUUUAGGUCCUACCUUGCUACCAACUCUGCCAUUGUUGGAAUUCACUCCGGAAAAAAAACUGUGGUUUGAUUUGGAUGGCAUCAAACCCAAAUAGGGGUUUUAAUUGGAAUUGGAAAGGAGUUUCCUUUUCGGAGUUUCCUUUUUCGAAAAGGAAACUUUGAAUAGAUACCCAUAUUUUAGAAAGAGAACUUAUCUUAUCUUUAGGCAUUUUUGAAAAAUAGAUGGCAUGCUUUUAUCUUUACCCAUUUUCAAAAAUGGAAUUUUUAUCAAAACCCAUAUCCUAAAAUACGAAAAUAUGAAACCUUUCUCUUUCUUAGUUUGCUAAAGUCCCAUGGUUAACAAGCCUAAAGCCAAGUCAGAGAAAUAGAUUGUGUGGAUUGGAAGAGAACCCUGAGAUCAUCAAACGUCAGAAAGAAAACCUUCCUUUUUUACUUUUUUGUUUUUAUUUAAUAAAAAGUCCCCAACGAAGCCUUACCAUUCGUAUCAUAGUAUAGACUAGUUUUGUAAAUCGAGAAGAGUCAAAUUAUGACUCUAUCAUAAUUCAUAAGUCAUAAUUCAUGAGAACUUGCCAUUCCUAUAAAUCCAUACGCUUUUCUUGGUCUAAUCUGUUAGGCAAAACUCCAUGCCUCUCCUCCAAAUCCGGACAUCCAAAUCUCUACAUUAACACAUAAUUUACCACUUUCUUUCUUAUAGCCUCUAAUGGCCACCGCCACCGUCACCGUCAACCCUCCUCGGCCAAAACUUGCCUGUUUCUCCUUCGCCGCCUAUGCUAAAACUGUCAUCGACCAUCUCAAAUCUCUCCAAAUUCCCGUCCAUCCUGGCCUCUCCGACCCUGAAUUUACAUCCGUCGAGUCCACCUUCCGAUUCUCUUUCCCGCCGGACCUCCGUUCGAUCCUCCAAGAGGGUCUCCCAAUUGGGUCUGGUUUCCCCAACUGGCGAUCCUCCUCCACUCAACAGCUUCACAUUCUGAUCAAUCUCCCAAAAUUCUGCCUCCUCAAGGAAAUUUCUCAAAGAAAAUUCUGGUGUCAAUCUUGGGGGGCCCAACCUGAUGAUACGAACGACGCUGUUGCUUUGGCCAAGCAAUUCUUGGACAGAGCCCCUGUUCUUGUCCCCAUUUAUAAGAACUGGUACAUCCCUUCCGCCCCGAACAUGGCCGGAAACCCUGUAUUUCACCUUGACGAUGGGGAGAUUCGUGUUUCCAGCUUUGACUUGGCUGGAUUCUUUCAAACCCAUGAAUAUUCUCAACUAGGUAAGGCUGAAACGGACCGUUUAGUGAUCGAUUCACCAGCUUGGGCGGCCACAGAGGCCCGAGCAGUGGAAUUCUGGACGGAAGUGGCUUCGAGAAAGAAAGCGACGGGGCGUGAGGUAACGGAAGGGUGGUGGAAUGAAGGAGAAUUUGAAAUGGGGUUGGACGGAUGCCUUGAGGACGUGUUUUGGAAGUUGCGAGAAGGUGGGUGGAGGGAAGAAGAUGUCAGAGAUAUGAUGAUGAUGGACCGCCAUGAUCGGAGCUUGGAACAGAAUGAGGCGACAAUGGAGAAACUUAGAGUAUCAGUAUGUGAAAUUUUGCUUAGUGGGGGAUGGAGCAGAGACGAUGUGGUGUACUCUCUUGAUCUUGAAGGCCAUUCCGCCAGUGUUAUUCCUGAAGAAGAAUCAACAUUUGAAAUCAAUCUUCAUCAUCAACAUCUGCCAAUUAGAAUCCCUCAAGUAGAACGCAAGAUAAAGCCCCGGAACACCACCACCAGCCACCUUAAAAUGCCCCCAUUUUUCUUUGCACCACAUCGGAAUUUAAUCCUCUAACUUCUUUUUGUCUUACUUUUCCUCUUAAUUAGCCUAGUUUAUCUUCACAUAAAUGACUCCUUGUUCAUUACGUAAAUUAUACAGUGUACAUAACCACACAUUCUUUUUUCUUUUGGUUAAUAAAAGGAGAGACGAUAAAGGUCCAAUUUUGAUCCCA